AGCCGCCUCCCGGAGCCCCGGGCCCAGAAAGCCGAGGGGGCAGCAUGUGGAACACGACACCGAGCGAGCGGCCGGGCGCCAACCUCACGCGGGCCGCCCUGGACUGGGACGCGCUCCCCAGCAACGGCUCGCUGGCCGACGAGCUGGCGCAGCUCUUCCCCGCGCCCCUGCUGGCCGGGGUCACAGCCACCUGCGUGGCGCUCUUCGCGGUGGGCGUCGCGGGCAACGUGCUCACCAUGCUGGUGGUGUCGCGCUUCCGGGAGCUGCGCACCACCACCAACCUCUACCUGUCCAGCAUGGCCUUCUCCGACCUGCUCAUCUUCCUGUGUAUGCCGCUCGACCUCGUGCGCCUCUGGCAGUACCGGCCCUGGAACUUCGGCGACCUGCUCUGCAAACUCUUCCAGUUCGUCAGCGAGAGCUGCACCUACGCCACGGUGCUCACCAUCACGGCGCUCAGCGUCGAGCGCUACUUCGCCAUCUGCUUCCCGCUGCGCGCCAAGGUGGCGGUCACCAAGGGCCGCGUGAAGCUGCUGCUCCUGCUCAUCUGGGCCGUGGCCUUCGGCAGCGCUGGCCCCAUCUUCGUGCUGGUCGGCGUGGAGCACGAGAACGGCACCGACCCGCGCGCCACCAACGAGUGCCGCCCCACCGAGUUCGCCGUGCGCUCGGGGCUGCUCACCGUCAUGGUGUGGGUGUCCAGCGUCUUCUUCUUCCUGCCCGUCUUCUGCCUCACGGUGCUCUACAGCCUCAUCGGCAGGAAGCUGUGGCGGCGGCGGAGCGGCGAGGCGCCGGUGCGCGCCUCGCUCCGGGACCGGAACCACAAGCAAACCGUGAAGAUGCUGGCUGUCGUGGUGUUCGCCUUCAUCCUCUGCUGGUUGCCCUUCCACGUGGGAAGAUACUUAUUUUCCAAGUCCUUUGAUCCCGGCUCCCUGGAGAUUGCCCAGAUAAGCCAAUACUGCAACUUGGUGUCCUUUGUCCUCUUCUACCUCAGCGCGGCCAUCAACCCCAUUCUUUACAAUAUCAUGUCCAAGAAAUACCGGGUUGCGGUGUUGAGACUCCUGGGCCUUGAACCCUUCUCCCAGAGGAAACUCUCCACUCUGAAGGAUGAAAGUUCUCGGGCCUGGACGGAAUCUAGUAUUAACACAUGACACAGCA